AUGAACUCGUUGUUGCAUCGGUACAUGUCCUCGCCCACCAGCCUGGCUCGCAGUCGACUGGCCCAGAUGGCGUCGCAAGUUGCAACCCCUUCGGGCGUUCCCCUGGCGGACCUGCCCAAGUCGAAUGUCUUCACGUCUAAACUCCCCGCUGACCCCGCCUUCGAGACGCCGGAGGCCUCGCACAGGGCGCCACGGGAGACUCUAGGGCCGCGCAUGGUGAAAGGCGCGUUGUUCACCUAUGUCCGCCCGGAGCCAUCCGACGAGCCGGAGCUGCUAGGUGUCAGCCCCAAGGCCAUGCAGGAUCUGGGCCUGAAGCCCGGAGAAGAGCAGUCCCCCCAAUUCAAGGCACUAGUCGCCGGAAACGCGAUCGAGUGGAAUGAAGAAAAGGGGGGGAUCUAUCCGUGGGCUCAGUGUUACGGAGAACGCGAGAAUCCGGGUUAUAUUGAGAAAUUAACAGCUUCCAGUGGCCAAUGGGCUGGACAACUUGGGGACGGACGGGCAAUCAGUCUGUUCGAAUGCACCAAUCCACAGACCAAGAUACGCUAUGAGCUGCAACUCAAGGGCGCGGGCAAAACUCCCUACUCGCGUUUUGCAGAUGGCAAGGCCGUGCUGCGAUCGAGUAUCCGUGAAUACGUUGUCUCGGAAGCCCUCAGCGCCCUGGGCGUGCCCACCACUCGUGCGCUCUCACUCACCUUGUUACCAAACUCCAAGGUUUUGAGAGAACGUAUCGAACCAGGAGCAAUCGUAGCGAGGUUCGCCGAGUCCUGGCUACGGAUUGGCACCUUCGACCUACUUCGCCUCCGUGGAGACCGUGACUUGAUCCGCAAGCUUGCGACAUACGUUGCGGAGGACGUCUUCGGUGGAUGGGAGACUCUCCCGGCUGCUGUCUCCUUGCGUGAAGGCCAGUCUGCGGCAGAGAUAGACAACCCCUCCCGGGGGAUCCUGCGAGACGAGCUCCAAACACACCAAGGCGCGGAGGAGAACCGGUUCGCACGGCUGUAUCGUGAGAUCGCCCGACGCAACGCAAAGACGGUGGCUGCGUGGCAGGCGUACGGGUUCAUGAAUGGAGUCCUGAACACCGAUAACACAUCCGUAUACGGACUAUCGCUCGACUACGGCCCAUUUGCUUUCAUGGAUAAUUUUGACCCGCAGUACACGCCGAACCAUGACGACCACCUGCUGAGAUAUUCAUACCGAAACCAGCCCAGCAUAAUUUGGUGGAACCUGGUCAGACUUGGUGAAUCCAUAGGAGAGCUGCUUGGAGCAGGGGAACGAGUCGAUGCCGACAGCUUUGUCAAGGACGGCGUGGCGGAGGAAAUGGAACCGGAGAUUGUCCAACGUGCGGAGAAGAUCAUUGAGCGCACAGGCGAGGAAUUUCGAGCGGUGUUUUUGAAUGAGUACAAGCGGCUGAUGAGACGUCGACUUGGGCUGCAGACACAAAAGGAGUCAGAUUUUGAGGCCCUAUUCUCCGAGAUGCUGGACACUCUCGAGGCCUUGGAGCUCGAUUUCAAUCACUUUUUCCGGCGACUCUCGGGCCUUUCGCUGUCGGACGUGGAGACGGAAGAAAAGCGAGCAGAAAUCGCAUCUAUAUUCUUCCACACGGAAGGAUUUGGUGGCAUUGGCUACACGGAGGAGUCUGCAAGAGCUCGCAUCGCCAAAUGGCUUGAUAGCUGGCGCACCCGAGUAUUGGAAGACUGGGGCCCUGGCAAUGAUGGGGAACGACAGAAGGCCAUGAAGGCUGUGAAUCCCAAUUUUGUCCCGCGAGGAUGGAUCCUCGACGAGGUCAUCGAGCGCGUUGAGCGCAAAGGGGACCGGGACAUUUUGGGGCGAGUCAUGCAGAUGUCUCUAAAUCCAUUCAACGAUGAAUGGGGACUCAACAAGGAAGAAGAAAAGCGCUUCUGCGGCGACGUGCCUAAGUACAAGAGAGCCAUGCUGUGCAGUUGCAGCUCGUGA